AUGCUCGGGCGCACGCUUCACGAGUACAUAUUCAUACGCGCCUGCAUAACACCGCUCCGAUACCCAGUAGUCCCCUACUUGGCACUCCUCUUCGCCUGCUUCCUCGGCGCAAACUACACCCAGUUCCCCUCGCGAUGGGUCACCACCGCUGGGGUCAUCACAUGUAUGGCAGCCACAGAACUCAUAUACGCUCUUUUCAUCUGGCUGCCCUACACCAAGCGCCUGAGAGAACCCGCCAAACACCCCAGCCCAUCCUCGCCAGCCGAACGCUUGGCGCUUUUCGAGCGAUGCAUGGCCACCAUCCCAGACUUUGAGCGCUACAUCCGCAUGUGGUUCCUGGGCGCCGACAUGUCAGACAUCCGCCGUGACAACGUCCGCGAGUUCCUCCUCUGGGCCUUUUUCGACAUGGGCGAGGACGACAUCAAGAAAGCCAGCGCCAGGGACGGGGAGAACUACGACGUGGAGGUGGAACAAUACGUAACUCGCAGUGAACGCUUGCUGGGCAGGCCCUUGAAGCCCGGUCGCGGGCCGGCCAAGUGCCUGCGCCUCACGAUCGAUUCCGUAGAUACAAAGUACCGCUCGGUCUGGUGGUACGCCAUCAUGGCCUUUCUGGACCACGUCACACACCUCUCCUUACGUUUCUACGGAUUUCAGUACUACGCGCAGCCUCGAGACAAGGCCAUCUUCCCGCCUCGUCUCCAACAGACGUUUGCCAGCCGGCGGUCCUCGGCCGGCAACGUGAGCUACUGGCACCGCCCCCAUCGCUCAGAAGGUCUGCCGGUGGUCUUCCUCCAUGGCAUCGGCAUCGGGUUGUGGCCCUAUGUCCGCUUCCUCGCCGAGAUCACCAGCACUAUGAGAAAAGGCCACGGCCAAACAGGCGUCAUCGCCAUCGAGAUCCUCCCUGUUUCCUUCCGACUGACGGACCCACCGCUCGGCAAGGACAUCUUUCUUAAACAGCUCAAGCAGAUAGUAAACCACCACGCUUGGGACAAAUUCACCCUCGUCUCCCAUUCGUACGGUUCCAUUUUGUCGACCCAUGCCAUGCGAUGCCCAGACCUGCAGGCGAGGAUCCCUCGGGCCGUGCUCAUUGACCCCGUGAGCAUCCUCCUGCACCUGCCCGACGUCGCUUACAACUUCACACGACGCAAGCCGUCGACUGCGAACCAGUGGCAGCUGUGGUACUUUGCGAGCAUGGAUCCCGGGGUCGCCCACUGUCUCGCCAGAUACUUCUUUUGGAGAGAGAACGCCAUCUGGGCUGACGAACUGGUUGGUUGCACAGCAGGAUCGGAAUCGGCGGGCGACGAGCGGCAGGAAGCGAGGCAGGUCACCGUAUGCUUGUCCGGGUUGGACCUGAUUGUCGACAGCCACGCCGUCGCCAGGUAUUUGGCCGAGGGGGUUCAGGCGGGACACCCCGCAUGGUUGCAAGGCGAGCAUGACCGGCGUAACGUUGCCGUACCAAAGGCUGGACCCAUAUCUGGCAUGGGUUACGAGAGUCACCGUUCCGCCGGGUCAGGCAUCGACAUCCUUUGGUUCCCAGACAAGGACCACGCGCAGGUCUUUGAUUCUCCUAGUGCUAUAACGCGAAUUGUCGGUGCCAUUUGGGGCGAUGUUGGGGCAAAAUAG